CGCGAGGAGGGGGGAGAUGACGUGAGGGCCGUCGGCCGUCGUUCGCGGCGCAAGAUGGCGGACCUGUCGCUGGACGAGCUGAUCCGGAAGCGCGGAGUGACCGUGAAGGGGCGGCUCAACGCCCGGCCCGGGAUCGGCGGCAUUAAAUCUCGCAUCGGGACGCAACAGCAGACCCCCGUGAGCCGGCUGGCUCCGGCCGCCGGCUUCCAGCAGACCUUCGACGCCCGGCAGAAGAUCGGCCUGACGGACGCCCGGCACAGACUGGGCGUCAAGGACGCCCGAGAGAAGCUGGGGCAGAAAGAUGCCCGCUUCAGGAUCCAAGGGAAGGUGCAAGACGCCCGGGAGACGCUCAACUCCCGGAAGCAGCAGAGCACGGCCUCGGAGAAAGGGAGCAAAGUGGUGGAUGCCCGGGAGAAGAUUGGCCUGAAGAGGGGCUCCCCUGCUGCCCUCGUGGGCCCCGGGGCCGCGCCCCCCACCCUCAAGAUCACCAAGACCAUCCAGCAGAAGGCCAUCGCCCCGCUUCUCUCUCACCCUGCCGGAAUGAGGAUCAAUGUAGUCAACAACCACCAACACAAACAGAACCUGUACGAUAUGGACGAAGAUGACGGGGGCGUGAUUCCCACUCCCAGCAAGCAGAUGAAAAUCACAACGACCAACAGUUUCCCCCUGCCGCCCCGCAUGGCCGGGCUGAGCAGCUCCAAAUUCUCCCUCUCCAAGACCGUCCCCCUCACCAAAGUGGUGCAGAACGACAGCUACACAGCCCCUCCGACCCUGCCCUCCCCGAGCCAAACCAAGACCCUGACCAACGUGUCACGGACUCUGGUGACUAAGGAGGAGCCCCCGAAGGAGCCCCCUGCCGCGGAGCUGACUUUCAGCCCCCUGGAAGGCACCAAGAUGACUGUGAAUAACCUGCACCCUCGGGUCACGGAAGAGGACAUUGUCGAGCUGUUCUGUGUGUGCGGAGCGCUAAAACGAGCCCGCCUGGUGCACCCUGGCGUGGCGGAGGUGGUGUUCGUGAAGAAGGAAGACGCCAUCACCGCCUAUAAGAAGUAUAACAACCGGUGUUUGGAUGGUCAGCCCAUGAAAUGCAACCUCCACAUCAACGGGAACGUCAUCACGUCAGACCAGCCCAUCCUCCUGCGACUGAGCGACAGCCCCUCGCUGAAGGGUGGAGAGGCGCCCCGCCGGGCCAGCUCGGCCCUCUCGCCCCACCCCGCGGCCGAGGUGGACCCGGACACCAUCCUCAAGGCGCUGUUCAAGUCGUCGGCGGCCUCCGCCUCCGUGCAGCCCACAGAAUUCAAAAUCAAACUUUGAGCGGGGGCCCCGGAAGGCGGGGGUGGAGGAAGGCUCCACUUGUCAACGAGAAGCCCGCGGCCAACCCUGCGUGAAGACUGGAAGCCCCCCACCCCCCGAGGCCACAUCAGGGGCGGCGGGGGGUUGGCGGGCGGGGGAGCACUGACGUUUCUGAUCGGACCCCGGCGGCGGUUGGGCACCGUCGUUUUCUACAACUGCAGCCUUCCUGUACAGUAGUGUUUCUUUUAGCGUGUGCGUCCCCCGCCCCCACCCCGGCAUCGAGGUUUUUAAUUUCAUGGUUUUUCUGGAAGGGUGGACGACUCCGACCUCUCCCCGCCUCCGCUCCCGAGGUGUGGGUGAGCCCGAUCUCUAAUGGCCAGGUGCGGGACGUGCACUACAGAGUUGGGGUUUAAAAAGAGGUUUUCCUCUGGUUGGGCAGUUCCCCAGAGUUCCCUCCACCCCCCUCGGGUUGGCCACCGAGGAAGGGAAAGCGGACCCGGGCGUCUUCAGGGCCGAUGGGAAUCUGACCGUUGGGAGAGCUGCUCGGUCCGGCUGCCGGGCGGAAACCGGUCAAGAAGGAAAGCGAUCCCGUGGCGUUACCGCGAGGCAAAGGAAUCUCCAACUUACGGCGAGAUGGCGAGCUCCUUCUAGAGGCCGACAGCAUCGCGGAGACGGAGAGGCAGAGGACAACGAUCGGGCCGGCCCCCGUGAGAGGCCAGAUGGGAUCAGGGACCGUCCAGCCACGACGGGGCUCCGGACCAGGCCAGAGCCCCGGGGACAGUGACUUCUUUGUCCUCUCUGUGAGGAGGCCAAACCCCCCCGCUCUCCCUGUCUGUCAGGCCGCAGUGGGCGAUCCGCCCCAUCCGUCGCCAUCCACGUUCGAGCCAAGGGACCCUGGAGGGGUUUGGGGGCCGUGGAGCGUGUGCGAAGGCGGAGGUGAGUGCAGAAAACCUCCCUGGGUGGUUGAAGUUAAUCACGAGAUCAUUUGCCUCCCGCUCGGGUUCCGUCCGGCCUCGCUGUAGAAUCGCUGCUUCGGCGAGCCGGGGACCCUCGUCCUCGGGGUUGGGGGGGGGGCGUUGGCCCGGAAACAUUCCGGAGCAACCGUACGAAUAUUAGUGUGGCCACGUCCCUGACCUCCGCCUACAGAGUGGAGAUUCCUAGGAUGCAACUGGAAAAGGCACCGGGCACCGAAAGUCCCCCAGGAGCCAGUCACGGGGGAGGGCGAGGCCGCCUUCACACAGCACCUGAGGGGUCAGAACGCCUGGAGACGGCGCGGAAACGGCUGGGCGGGGUGCAGAGGAGGAGCCUGCCCCUCCCCUUCGUACUGUUUGGACGCCCCCACGCCAAGUGCUUGCACGUCCAGUUUUGGAAGAGAACGCAGCCCCUCCCGUAGCGGGAGAGGCCCGAAGAACACUACGGAGCCAUGUGGAGAGGAGGCGGUGUCAUGCUGCUCACCAAGGAUCCUUAGGACCUCCCGCCCGUCCCCGUCCCCCCGACGGUAAGGGUGACUCCCCGAGGUGAGGGGAACCCUCAUCCUGCGUGAGAAGAUGGUAAACCGGGCUGGCCCGGGAGGUCAGCCGGUCGUGUCCCCCGGGGCAGGAGGCCCCGGGUGGUCCUGAGAAGGAGCCACCAGGACCCCGUAAAGGAGAGCGGGGAAUCGGCUGCGGAGUCCGGGCGGGAGAGAGGAAGGAUCUAACGCUCGAACCCUUGCUUCGAUCCCCCCCGGCUCCGAGGCGGCCAACCAGCGAAACUAAAAUCCGUCCAGUGACGCCCGGAAUCCAGAAUCCGCUUCCCCAGUGGAUGCCGGCCGUCUCCUCCCUUUCCUCUCGGGGCGGUCCGACCCCGCGCUCCCCAGCAGUGGUCACGAAGCAUUCCUCUCACACGCUCCACCUCCCGCACCCCCGGGAGGCCGACCAGAAACCUCCCCCCGGGACUCGCUUUUCUCGGCCAUUUGCUUUUGAUCCCGAAGUAGAACCCCGCUGUUCCCGAAGGAGGAGGUCAUUGAGCAACUGCCAGGCAGGUGUCAAGGCCGGGGGAAAGUGAACUUGUUUCCUCUUAUUACCCAGCGAUUGGGUUUGGUUAAAAAAAAAAAAAUAAAAGGGGGGGAUGCCCCAGAGAGGUGGAGAAGACUAUGUAUUGUUCAUCUGUUUCUGAAUAAACGUUUGUAAUACCUAGGCUGGA